AAAAGCCCAGAGAAUCCAACACCAAUCCUCACCACCCGUUUUCAGGGGCAUUCCGGGAAAGAUAUUUUCCCCUUCCUCUUUCUUCCGAGAAACCCCCUCAAAACCCAUCAAACUAUUCCCUCUCCUCCUCGUCGUCGUCGUUCACAGAUAGUUUGUUAGAGAAGUAGAGAGAUAAAAUAUGGAAGUGGAGUUCCCGGACGAUUUCCGGUGCCCGAUCUCGUUGGAAGUGAUGUCGGACCCGGUGAUCUUAACCUCGGGUCACACCUUCGACCGUUCAUCGAUCCAACGUUGGUUGGACUCCGGUAACCGCACCUGCCCGGUGACCAAACUCCCUCUCCCACCACACCCACGCCUCAUCCCCAACCACGCCCUCCGAAACCUAAUUUCCAAUUUUGCCCCUGAUCCCCCUUCGAAACUACCAUCCUGCCACUCCGCCGCCGAUCCCCAGUUGCUCUCCUUCCCCUCCGACGCCGCCACCCUCUCCGCUGCCUUCCGCCGGGCCAAGCUCGACGCCGCCUUCCGCCGCUACCUCGCCGACUCCGGCGCUGCCUCGUCUGUCCUCCUCCGCCAUGCUGCCUCCCCCGACCCUCCCGACCUCCAGGAACUCUCCCUCCGCGUUCUCCUCCUCUUGAGCCUCGACGGCGACCAUGCCCGCGUCGGCCUUGCUGCUGACGGCGCUGUUGAUCUCCUCCUCCCCGCCCUCCGCUGCGGUGGCUCCGUCGCCGCCCUCGCCGCUACAACUCUCACCAGCCUCGCUGUCGUCGACGUGAACAAGUGCUCCAUCGGUGCCCACCCUUCCGCCAUCCCCUCCCUCGUCGCCGUCCUCCGUGACGGCAAGGGCCGGGAACGCCGCGAGGCCGCCACGGCUCUCUUCGUGCUCUGCUCCCUGCCGGAGAACCGCAAACGCGCUGCGAUCUCCGGCGCGGUGCCGGCUCUGGCUUCCUUGGCUUCUUUGGGUUCUGAUAGGGCAGUGGAGGUUCUGGGCAUGCUGGUGAAGUGCUCGGAAGGAAGAGAAGCGAUGAAAAGAAUUAAAGGGUUUGUAGAAUUUAUAAUUGGAAUCAUCAAAGGUGGGAGCUUGAGGGCCACGGAGCAUGCUCUUGUGAUUCUCAAUUUCCUAUGCUGUGACGAUAAAAACAUCAUCUUGGAGGUUAGAAAACAAGGAUUGGUGGAGAUUUGCAUCAAUUUGAUGAAUGAGGAAACAGGAAAGAUCAGGGAGAAUGCUGUGGAAUUUGUGAGAACUAUGGAAAUGUGAACUCCAUUGCUGGGCAUUCCUAGGUAAGUUCCUUUUGUUUUCUGUAAAAAUAGGUGAUCAUGUUAAUGAUGAUGAUGUUCUUGCUUUCCUUGUUUAUUUUGUUUUUGAGAGUUUCCUAGGUCUGUAUAAUUUGAAAUAACUAGUCUUGUUGAUAUAGAGAAGAAGAAGAAGGAAAAAUUAAAAAAAGGUCUGCAACUUUGUUAACUUAAUUUGUAACUCUUUCUCUUUGAAAUGAAGUUCUAAUAGUUUAAUAGUUUUUCAUCA